UCCCUGUCAUAACAUCUUCAAAUAUACCCUCAGAUCCAGACACCCACUCCACUCGAUAUGUCGACUCCAUUACCAAAGCUCACCCACUAAAAAUUGGAUACACAGAGAGAGAGAGAGAGAGAGCGUCUUGGUUUCAGACUUGAGAGGAUGCUCUGUGCGGGUCGAGUAUUGGCGGUCUCGUACCCGCCAAACCCGCCGUGUCCCAACGGUUGCCAUUUCUGGGGCUCGAGAUUUCGUCAUGUGAACCCUAAUAAGCUAAGCUCGAGAUGGCGAUCGAGGGCCUCCGACCCCGACUCCUCUUCUUCUUCUUUUGCUCCCUCCAUCGACUCCGAUCCUACGGACAAAACCGCCGCCGGAUUCUGUAUAAUAGAAGGGCCUGAAACAGUGCAAGACUUUGUCAAAAUGGAAUUGCAAGAGAUUCAGGAUAACAUUCGGAGUCGUCGGAACAAAAUUUUUUUGCAUAUGGAAGAGGUUCGUAGGCUGAGAAUACAGCAGAGGAUUAAAAACGCAGAACUUGGAAUUGUAAAGGAAGAGCAAGAGAGUGAACUUCCUAAUUUUCCAUCAUUCAUUCCAUUCUUGCCUCCUUUGAGUUCAGAAAACCUCAAGCUGUAUUAUGCCUCUUGUUUUUCUCUUAUUGCUGGGAUUAUCCUUUUUGGGGGCCUUCUAGCACCCGCUUUGGAGCUUAAGUUGGGACUAGGAGGCACAUCAUAUGAAGAUUUCAUCCUGAGUAUGCAUUUACCAAUGCAAUUGAGUCAGGUUGAUCCCAUCGUGGCAUCAUUCUCCGGAGGAGCAGUUGGGGUGAUCUCAGCAUUGAUGGUAGUUGAAAUAAACAAUGUAAAACAACAGGAGCAUAAAAGAUGCAAAUAUUGUCUUGGAACUGGAUAUCUCGCUUGUGCUCGCUGUUCAAACACUGGAUCAUUAGUUCUUAUUGAACCGGUAUCAACGGUCAAUGGUGGAGAUCGGCCUCUAUCUUCACCUAAAACAGAAAGGUGUUCAAACUGCUCAGGAUCUGGAAAGGUUAUGUGCCCCACAUGCCUUUGUACAGGAAUGGCGAUGGCUAGUGAACAUGACCCUCGGAUUGAUCCCUUUGACUAGAGCUGUAUCAUCAUGAGCUGCUGUCUUGCCACAAUUGUCUUCUUGACAACACCAAGUAAUUUGUGUAUAGAGAAAAAGCAUAUGGACAUCUAUAUGCCAAUAAAUUGCAUUCUAAUGCCAAGGUUCAGAAGAGGAGCCAUAAGUGUAACUAAUUUUUGUAUAUACGAAGUACAAACAGCUCAAAGAAAUUAUGGACAUCUUGCCAAUAAAUUGUAUUCUACUGUCGAGAGUUCAGCA